CUUUGAGUAGAUAGUACUUUAAAUAUUUAUCUAUCUAAUAAUUUACUGGUAGUAUUUAUUAUCCAUCUUGGUGGUUGUGAAUUUUUUUUAAAUCUUUUAUGUUUAUCACGUUUUCUGCAAUCACCUGAUACCUGAUACGUCGUGUAUAGAAGUUUUAAUAGUCACCAGUAACGGCAGUAACUAUUGUACUGGUCUUGUGUUUUGGAAAUUUAGCGGGAACGCUUAAUUUACUCGAUCUGCCAUGCCUGGAAUGCCCAAAGAUCAACAAGAACAGGAAACCGAUAAUACCGUCCAACCAAUACAACCAACUCUGACGGACCGCCUGAACAAAUAUCUGUUGUGCGCCUAUUUAAAUCGUCUAAACGAAGAGGACAGCCGCGGUGGUGGUCAGCAAUUUGUUCGCGAAGACGACACGGCUGACGCAGACACCGAAGAAGCGUUUUCUAAUUGACUAUCAAUUUAUUAUUGUUUCACGUCAUUGUUCUCUCACUGAUCAGCGAUGGAUGACUUUGACGAUAACGAUUUUGACUAUUUGGUCGAAGGCCGUCUCGACGAAGAUGUCGAUAAAUAUUUGGAGCCACAGGAACGAGACGAGCCACAGGACCGAGACCAGCAAGAACAAAAUGAGGAAAAACGAAUGGUUCCAGUGAAGAUACGCGUGAGGAAUCCACAACCCAAAUUGAAUGCUGAAAGGUUGCGAGGUCCUCGUGGGUUAUCUGUACUCCCAACAUGGUUUGAGAACAUUGAGUUGAAAGGCAAAGGUCAUGAAUCAGAAGAUCUUAAUGCUGUCAUAAACCGUUUAGAACAAUGGACACAUAGAUUAUUUCCUAGGUAUACAUUUGAUGACUCUCUCGAUAAGUUAGAGAAUUUAGGCAAAAAAAAUGAAGUUAAAGUGUUGUUGAAACGAAUAAGGAUGGAUUUGGAAAGUAAUGAUUGUAUAACACAACUCGAUGAUGAAGAGGUUGAAUCACCACCCCCUCAGAUUGAUGCAUUUGAUCGGAUUGCUAACACUGUAGACAUAUUCCCUGUGACAUCUACUCCAAGUGUCAGUAAUACUGGAUUAACUGAAGAACAAAGACAAAGGAUGAUGCGUAACCGAAUGUUGGCUGAGGAAAGGCGACAAGCUAAGAUUAGAGCUCGUCAAGAACAAGAAGUAAAAGCUACCUCAAAUACUGAUUCUGUAUCUUUUGAUUCUUUGUAAUGUUAUUAAUAAUUUACAAUUGUAAAUACAUAUUUAUGUCUAUACAUCUAAGAAAUAUUUAUUUUUUAUAAAAUUAAUUAUUAAUUUAAAAGCUUCAGUAACAGGAAAAUAUAUUUUUAAUUGUGAUCAUUAAUAUACUAUGAAAAUUCAAAUUAAUGAUAUAAAAUAUAAAAAAAAGUUAAAGUGAAAAUCUUUGUAUUUAUGUACUACCAAUUACCAUUGAUUAAUAUACAAUAUAAUAAAUUAUAAUAUAAAUUUAUUGUGUCA